UCCAACAAUAUACUUCAUUAAUUCAUUAUGUUUCUUUAUAGCAAAGGUCAAAAUGGACUUUUUCAAAAGAAUUUAACGGUCAACUAGCGGAAAGGAUAUGGAAGGGAUCCAAACUAAAAUUCAGGGGUAUGUAAGGGAUUAAGCAAAAUUCAGGGGUAUAGAAGAGAUUAGGUGAACUUUCAUGGAUAUAUAGGGGAUUUUCUCUUAAAUAUGUGUCCCUGUGAGUAAAAAAAAAUUUUGGCCAAAACAACUAAACACGGCCUAAUUAACGAUCGUUCAAUGCAUUGCAAUUUGGCAAAGUUUCAAGAAUCAUUCAUGGCGGCGUUGCAAUAGCAGGACAGGAGAGAUGGAGCAUGAGCCCGCCAUCAUGGCGGCAUCGGAAUCGGGAUCCGCGCAUGUGAUCGACGACUUGACCAUCUCCAUCUCCCUCCUCGUCCGGCCGCCGCCGGGCUAGGGCUUAGGGCUAGCUAGCUCGUCGCUUUUACAGCUCACAAAGCCGGCGACCAUGCCGGCCACGCGGUGGAGGCUGGAGCCACUCAUGCCGACUAAAAUAUUCCAUCCCGACCUCGCCAAAAAGCUCCAUGGCGUAGGUGAGAAAUCAAAGUGGUGGUGGUGGUGGUGGUGGCGGUGGCGGAGACAAGCCCCAGGAAUCUUCCCCCUCCGCGCCCCAAUCAUGGCGCACUACCACUAGCUUUGUCGAUCACAAGCCCUCCCUACUUGUUGCCGCGCCGCCACGCCUCCUCGAGCGCUUCGUCUCGGCAUCCUAUGAUCGGCAUGGAGGUGGAGGUGGAGGAUGACAUGGUGGAGUGGUAUCGCUGCGGUGGCGGCGGGGCGGCGGCGGCGGUGGAGGUGGAGGUGAGGGAGCUGAGGGUGGAGCUGGAGGUGGAGCGGCGGAUGCGGCGGAAGGCGGAGGCGGUGAGCGAGGUGCUCGCCGUGGAGCUGGAGGAGGAGAGGCGGCGGCGCGGGGCGGCGGAGGCGGAGUGCAGGAGGAUGCGCGGGGAGGUGGGCGAGAUGCGCGCGGAGGUGGAGCGCGCGCUGGAGGAGGUCGACGACGAGCGCCGGAUGCUGCGCGUCGCCGAGCUCUGGCGGGAGGAGCGCGUCCAGAUGAAGCUCGCCGACGCCAAGGCCGCCAUGGAGGAGGCGCUGCGGGAGAUCGCCGCCGCCUCCGCCGCCACCGCCAUCGCCGACGACGACAACAGCAGCGGCGGCGGCGGCGGCGGCGGCGGCGGCGGCGGCAGUCCGACGACCACCAGCAAGUCAAGCCCCACGAGCCAGCAGAUCAGCCAGGCGACGAGCGGCGGCCAGCCUCAGCUGCAGCACCGGCGAGAGGUCGCCGGCGGCGGCGAGAACCCGCACAUCGCGAGGGGGAUCAAGGGGUUCGUGGAGUUCCCGAGGGCGGUGCGCGUGCGGCUGCCGCGGGAGGAGAGGGUGGAUCUCGUCUCCAACCUCGAGUGCCAGCGCGCGCAGCUGCGCACCCUCUCCCGCCACCGCAACCCUCCCGCCGGCGUCGGCCUCGCCGCCGCCGCCGCCGCCGCCUCCCAUAACCUCGUCCUGUAACCCACUAAUCUAGAGUUACUAAUGCUUACUAACUAAUGAUGUACUACUAAUGCUGUGAUGACUUGUGAAGUGUCUCCAUAAUUCCUUCUCUUGUUCUUCACAAUCUAUUGCCCUUAUGUGUCUCUGGGCAUUCACAUUUUGAUA